AAAUUAUGUUAAUAAAAGCCAUGCUCAUUGUAUUAGCGGAUUAAAAACUGUUUGACUGUCGCUUCGAACGUUACUGAGUGAGCCUUGAAUUCUAAUACCUGAAAGGAUUUGAAAUCAGUCUGUCGAAUACUCUUCCAAAAGUCUAGAUAUUGGUGUGCUUAGCUAUCUAUAAGAUGGCAGUAAAAGACGAAGUGUUAAUCUUUAUACGGAACACUGCUUCUGCUCUUUAUCCUGAGUGUAAAGUGAUUGUCGCUCCGACUUUGGUUGGUGUUUACCUAAACAAAAGCAAGGAUGUCCUAAUGAGAACCGCAUUGAGCCACCAUUGGAAGUUCCAAAAUCGAGGAGUGCUCGCGUUGGUUUACCACCCUGUUUUAAACCGCCUAAAACUGAUGGUUUUCGAUGAAAAAAGCGGCCGCGUUCAUUGGCAAGAGACAUUCGGUGAUUAUACCAAUUAUGAAUGCAUUCACGAGGUAUUUCAUAUCUUAAACAGCUCGAAAAACUUCUGCCAGAAAAUUGGACUCUUUUAUGCAGACGAUAAGGUCGCGAAGAUGGUCAACGGAACGUUGGAAGUUUUCUCAGCGCAACGGAGACGCGAACAAGCACGAAAGGACCGUUGUGGCAAACUCGUAACACGGUCCAAGUCGUUCAACAACACGGAGCGUGUAAACGUUGAGGUGAAAUUAACACGCUCGCAUUCAAAUUCGAUGGGAGACAUCAAAAUACACAGGACCGCGUUGAAUCUGUUCGAGGCAGAGGCGAGAAAAUAUGCUUUAAAACAGACGUCAAGAAGGCCAAGUCUCAGAAAGAUGUUCAGCGGACUACGGUCAUCAUUUAGAGUCAGAAUACGAAGGCGGGACAGUAAUGAGGAAAAUGAAGACAGUAAACGAAGUCGGUUAUCAACGGGUUCAGGAAUUGAGGAAAAAUCGCAACUCAAUCAGAACCAAAUGGAACCCAAAGUGGUCCCGGAUGAAAUGUGCCCGGACAACACAGAACAUUUGGAUGUACUCGUGAAUGAAAUGGACACAUUAAGCGCGAACUGGAAAUUGACAGAUGUUGAACUGAAGGAACUGUAUCGGUUGAGCUUUUUCAAAGAACGAAAUGUGCAGUCUACUGAUUUAUGCGCAACCGAAUUAUAAUAAUCGAGAAUAUAAUCUCGUAUAACUUGCUAAAAACGUGAAUGGUUCUCUUAUACUUAGGAAGGAACCAGAAUGACUGGCUAGUGGCUAAGUGCUUGGAUCAAUUAAGAUUUUUGAUGGUCAAUUAGUCCAGAAUAAUAAUAUCUACAGUCGAGAAACGUGAGCCAUAUUUUAUCAAUUUACCUUUAACCAAAUUGAAUACGAAAUUAUUCCACCACACACAAAAAAAGAUUGGUAGAAUCUUGCUUUUUAACGGGCGGAAGGAACUUAAACAAAUUAUAUAAUUACAAUCCUUGAGAAAUAAUUUAAUCGCAAAAAAACUCUUUAAGAGAUAAUUUCUGCAAUUUUCAUACCGAAAUUUCUUAUUGUUUAUUCGCAGCCUUAUAUAGUAAAUAUCUUCAGGUAAUGUUUACGAAAAUUAUAUGUUUGUGUUGUGUUGCUAAUCUAAAGUCUUUCCGCCAGGGAUUAUUGAGGGAGUUCUCUACAAUCGAAUAAUUAUCCUCGAUGUAUAUAAUGGCGCCAUUGACUAAGUCAUGUCAAUGGGCAAUAUAUUGUACAAAAGUGUUUCUGUUAAAUUAUCCUUUAUAUGUACAUAAAUUAUGUAUUUGUG